AUGAAUGCACCGCCAACUUUCGAAUCAUUUCUUUUGUACGAUGGAGAAAAGAAGGUCCAAAAAGAAGAAGAUACAAAGGUUACCAAUGCUGCAAUAUUUACCGUGAAUAAAGAAGAUCAUACCCUUGGUAACAUGAUCAGACAUCAACUCCUUAAAGACCCAAAAGUAUUAUUUGCUGGAUACAAAGUGCCACAUCCAUUAGAACACAAAUUUGUAUUGCGCAUUCAAACUACUUCUGAUUAUACUCCACAGGAGGCAUUCAUGAAUGCAAUCACAGAUCUUACAUCUGAACUAUCUCUAUUUGAAGAAAGAUUCAAAGAAGCUAUAAAAGAAAAGAAAGAGGGAUUGGACUGA